GUGGGUGUGUGCGAUUAAUCAUAAAAUUCCACGAAGUGUCAUUAAAAAAUUAAUUUUGUGUUGUUGUUUAGAGGAUUCUGAUAUUAGUCAAGAAUUAUUCGCCGUUUUUUACCCAUUUAGGUGCGAAAUUAGUGUAAUUCGCUGUAGUAGAUCAUGGACCUUACAAGCGCUUCGUUAUCCGGUAGUUUAGAGUGCCGAGAGCUGCUGCUAGCGCUGAUAACAACAAUCAACGAGCUGCGGAGUCACAUCCGGUUCAAAGACCAGGAUCCGGAUCCGGGCCAGAGCCUGGCAACCCUGGGAUUGCCAUCGGAACGGCUGGUACAGCUGCACCGUUGCAUCGGGAAGCUCUUUACGCACCGGAUUAAGAUAUUCAACGAAAAGAAUAAUCCGGAUGUGUGGAAGGUGGUCGAGGGGCUUCGGUUUUCCAACCCGUCCAUUUCGCUACGGAUUACUGGCGGUUCCAGUGUGGCAGCCACGGCGGACAAAGGGCUCCAGUGGAUGUUUCAGUGUUUACAGCAACGUUGUCUGUCGGAGAAUUUAAACUGGCUCAUCACUGAUAAGGAACACAUGGGUCAGUGUUACGAGUCGACGGCGUUCCUGCGCGAAGAAAGGUACGCUGACGCAAUGAUGGUUUGCUUUAACGCGCUCGAACGAGGACAACCGACGCUACUAUCGCAGAUCGAUCAGAGUUUGUAUGCCGUGGAUCAAGGCCUAACCGCCCUGAUUGGCACGAUCAAACGGUCCGAAUCUCACCCGAAUUUGCUGCUGAUAAAGGAUGUUCCUACGUCAGGGCAGGGUUGUGUCCUUAAACGACGCCAGACGAUUCAUCUGGCCAAAUCUCGAAGCAGUCGCGCCGACAGGAAAAGCAGCAAAAAGAUGUCUCGAAGUUUGCCGAAUAUUGUGCUAAACGAUUAUUAUCAGGCAACGAAGAAAAAACCUCCGGAUGGGAUUGAUGGGAAAUUACCAGACCCGGCUGCAACCAGUAGCAGGGCAGCUGGACCAAAUGUGCCAAGUUUUAACUAUAGUGAUAACAGUGUGCCAAAACCAAUGAUCAACAUCCUCAACUGCGAGGACAUCAAAAUCUACACCGAAACGUCCAGCAGCGCAGGCAGCGCGCAGUCUCAACAGGUCGGCUGCUUCAAACGGGACAAAUCUCAACCCCCGAAACGGCGCGAAGGUUCCCGCUCGGACCUGUUCAGUUUGGCGGCUCUCACGGGAAGUCCGCGUACGCUGCUCAACGAGUUCAUUCCACAGUGCGGCGAAAAGAUCACCAAAAAUAUGGACCCUUUGCGCAACAAAUCCGUCGACAGCAUGCUCAACGUACUGCCCUCACGCCCUGUUCCGGGCCAAAGUCUGACGUCGUUUUUGAAAACGGUCUACUUUUCGCGCACAAACACCGAACUGGACCGGGAGAAUGCUCACUUUAGUUUGUCCGAAGCGCUGAUUGCGACCUUCGAGCAGCUCAAGUGGAACGAGGGUGAAUCGAUUAGCGAUCCGCGGGGAACGUUCCGAAAGCGACCAUCGGCGUCCAGCUUUUGGUCUUCCUACCCAAACUCCAAGGAGAGCACGACCUCAACCUCGACCGCCGUGUCUUCACUCUCGGACAGCAGCUCCGGAGGUUCCGGCACGGGUGACCACUUCCCCCGGAACCUAAACCUGCCGCAUAUCCCAUCCGCCGAAGACGAAGCCGUCGAGGCGAGCGAAAGCGGCCUGGACCAGGGCCAACAGGUCAAGUCCUACUCAGCGGAAGGUGUCGCCCUGAGUUUGCUCUCCAAGUUUAACGAAAAACAGCUUCCCACGGCCUGCGACCUGCUGUGGCUGGUAUCGGAACAGGACGCGCCGCAGCAGAUUCUGCCGAUUCCGCCGAACGGUCAAAUUGCUAAUCCGGACGAUCUGAACGGAAGCGCGCUGAAUACGAUAAUCCGGGGCACGCGGGAGUGGGCGCCGCCGCGGCCGCAGAUUAUCUUCACCUACAAGAGUCCGCCGCCAAACCGACGGGAAAACCUGACGAAGCAAAACUUCCGCUGCGCCGGCUGUGGCAUGAAGGUGGCGCCCGCCCACUCGCACAAGUUCCGGUACUGUCACUACCUUGGCAAGUACAACUGCUCCGGGUGCCACAAGGACCAGAUGUCAGUGAUUCCGGCCAAAAUUAUCGAACGAUGGGACUUUACCUUCCAUCCGGUGAGCAGCUUCGCGUACCAUUUGCUCAACGAUAUCGCGACCUGUCCACUGUACAGUCUGGACCAUCUCAACCCGGAACUGUACGUGAAGGUGCGGGUGCUGCAAGCGGCCCGGAACAUCCGGGUCAAUUUGAAGUACAUCCGGGAUUUCAUCGUUAAUUGUCGGUUCGCCGAAGGGGUGAAACUACAGUUCCGCAACAUCCCGGAUCAUCUCACGAACGACCUGGACAGUUGGUCUAUGGUUGACUUUAUUGCGGUUCGUAAUGGGUCGUUCCAGAAGGAGAAAACCGAGUUCAUAAAGCAAUGCGAGAAGCACAUUUUUGAGUGCGAGCUCUGCAUCGCGCACGGCUUCUUUUGUGAAAACUGUGAUCGCAAGGAGAUAAUCUUCCCCUGGCAAAAGCGGAUAGUCAAGUGUGGCAAAUGUGGCGCGUGCUUUCACGAGUCGUGCUGGGUGUCUGCGGCCGACUGCGUCAAGUGUAACCGAUUACGUCGGCGCAGUCGAACGAUGCCCGUUGCGGUCAAAUAGUUUCAGGAGGAGCAACGUCGAUCGACGGCCGUGUAUGCAUGCUGUAAUAUUGCGCUUGUUUUCUAUUAUUAUCUCGAGCAUAUACUUUGUACAUGACACAAAAAUAGAAAGACUUUAUAGUU